UCCCCACCCAUCAUAAGAACAUAGUUCCGGGUUUUUCUCAGCCGAGAGCUGCUCGCUGCCGUCGCUCUUCUCUAUUCGCCAAGCUCGUAAGGAAGGAUCAUGUCGCUUUUAAUGGAAAAUCAGUUCUGUGAACUGCCCCCUGACAAGGCGAUCGACACGAAGACAUUCCUGGACACCGUCUCUCACAUCCCUGCGUUUUUUGACUGCUUAGGAUCAAAAGUGUUUUCAAUCAUCAAAUCAGACAUUAAUGGCAAUAUAACGAAAAUUAGAGCAGUAUAUGUCACUAAUCCCGCAAAGUACACCACCCUGGAGGACAUUCUGGUGGCAGAGCGAGAGGCUCAUGGAGCAGAAUGGCCUAAAAUUGGAGCAACGUUAGCUCUGAUGUGGCUGAAGAGGGGUCUCCGUUUCAUCCAGAUUCUGCUCCAGAGUUUGGCAGACGGGGACAGAGAUGAGAACAACCCCAACCUCAUUCGGGUUAAUAUUACAAAAGCCUAUGAGCAGGCACUGAAGCGAUACCACGGCUGGAUUGUUCAAAAGAUUUUUAAUGCCGCGUUACUUGCAGCUCCCUACAGAUCAAACUUUCUGAAGGCUCUGUCAAAAGGAGAGGAAGUGAAAGAGGAGGACUGUCUGGCAAAUAUGCGUCAGUUCCUGGUUAAUUACACAGCCACUAUAGAUGCCAUCUAUGAGAUGUACACAAAUCUAAAUGCCGAGCUGGACUACACCGUUUGAUGUCCCGGCACAUGGCUGGACUGGACGCGCAGGAGUAUCCUGCAUCACUCUCAGGUUUCGCAGACGUCCAGUUGUUUUUAUUAGGACUGUUUUUUUUGUGUGUGUCCCUCCUUGGGUGGUAUUUAUUACUUUGAUGAUGCAGUAAUCAUUACUAGCACUGUGAAUUUGCUCUCAAGAUGAUGCCUUAAUAAAAUGCAGUUUAAAGUC